AUGCUGUAUUCCUCACCCCUCUCAUCACCUCUCAUCCUCAUCCCUUCCUUCAGUCAAAGAAAGUCCUUGAUCCCCCCUCUCAAAAUGGCCACUCGCUUCCUCACUCUCUGCCUCGCCACGGCCGCUGCCGCGGCCCCGGCUUUCGUCCCGAGAACCAUCAACGGCACCGCCUUCGACGUCGAGCGCGGCCUCCUCCCCGAUGAGAUUCUCCUCUUCGGUGAGGACCACAUGGAGGUUGUCCACAAGGAUGCUUUCGCCGCCAUGCUGGCGACUGAGGGCGUGCUGCACCAACCUCCCAGCGUUGACCACGCCCUCCUGGAUUUCGUGGCGCCCUCGGAGGAGGAGCUCAACAAGCUCGAGGCCCGCCAGGCCAGCUGCAGCACGACCACCGCCGUCAUCAUCGACAGAACCGACAGGUUCUACGACUGGGACCUCCAGAUGAGCCCCGUCGUCGUCACCGGCGCCAACCCCGCCACCAUCGCCCACUCCUCGACCUACACGGUCACCGACACCAUCACCGUCAACGGCGGCUUCAGCCCCACCAUCAUCACCGGCUACCUCACGGCCAACUUCGGCAUCUCCGGCUCCCGCUCCUGGUCCAGCGCCACGGCCAUCACCGUCACGGGCACCAUCUCAGCCCGCCACACCGGCGUCAUGGUCACCAACCCCUUCAAGACCCGCCGCUACGGCCGCGUCAUGAGGGGCUGCCUUGGCCGCCAGACCCAGAUCGGCACCUUCAUGAGCGACGCCUACCAGGAGGGAAGCUUCGGCGGUGUCCGCUGGAUCACUGGUACCCUUUCCCACUGCGAGAAGCCCGGCGUGCACCGCCCCCUCACCCGCUGCAUGGGCUCCGGCGCCUUCAACUAA